GCCACACUUGCUCGCGAAACCAUCACAAAUAAAAACUUAUUGGUAAUUUGCCAGUUUUUUAAAGCGCUACCAUUUUAAUCUCAUUCCACAAUUAGCAAUUCGCGCUUAAGUAUCAGUUCAAAAAUAGUCAAAAUGUGCACCUAGACUGCAUUGAGCAGUUGGGCAUAGUGCAAUUACCAUGUGUAAAUAGGACUUAAUUAGUGUAGUAGCAAUUGCGUGUUACAAAAGGAAACCCCACAACAAAAACAAAAACAAAUCGCAGCAGAAGAAACAUGGCAAGCUCCAGCGGAGCAGCCAGCUGCAAUGGUGAAGCCUUCAUCAUCUAUUACGAGGGUAACGCUUUGCAGCUGCAAUGGAAGGGCGUGCCGCCACUCACACGGUCGCCCGCAUUGCGACUCUGCUCCAUGGGCAGCAGCUGCAGCGUUGGAAACGAGGCAGUGGCCGGGGAUUCAGUCCAACUUGAUUCCAAUUGGCUUCUGCUGCUGACGGCGGACCAAUCGCUGUACUCUGCCAGGCUGAUAGUGGCGCAUAGUGUGCAUACUUUGGAACUGACCCUGUUGCGCACGGACAUCGUUGACGUGGAUUUUUGUCGAGGCAGCCGGCAGCUGUUUGUGGUGCUUGCCAAUGGAAGUGUGCAACGGCAACUAAUAGCAGGUAGCUAUCGCCCGAAUGCUUGGCAAACACUUAGCUUUGAUCCCCUCGAGCUGCACGAUGAGGGCGUCUGCAUGCGUCGCGUUUGCUGUUCCGAGCAGGGCGUGGUCUUUGUCAGUGUCAGGGGUGCCACAUAUGUACUAGGCAGUUGCGGAGAAGUGUUUAACGCUGAGCAGCCACGUCACAUGCGCCUUUGCGAGGAGGGUAAACAGCUGUUGGAUCUGGCCGCUGGGGAUGAGCACUUCGUGCUGCUUAUGGCACCGCAUCAGUUGGCUGACGAUGUGCUGCAGCUGCAGGAGCACAUGCAAGAGGAACAGGGCUCACUGAAAUCAUUACAUAGCGGCAGCUCGGAGCGCAGCUUUGCGGCCAACACUCGUCACUUACUCCAUCAGGGUUAUGCGCUGCUCCACACUCAACUUUUUACGUUUGGUGCCUCCAAUGGUGGCCUCCUGGGCACUGGGGAUCAUAUACGACGCGCGCAUGUCGCACGGCUGGAAAAGCUCGAUGGCAUGGGUGUAUGCAGUAUUGCCGCCGGCAGGCAGCACAGUGUGGCACGGACACUGGACGGACGCCUCUAUCACUGGGGCAUUAACAAUCGUGAGCAGCUGGGUGAGGAGCUCAGCUCACCCAUGGAAAUCUGCUUGGCAGAGCAGCUAACGUCGGAGCAGCACACAGCGCUUGAGGCCACCUGCGGCGAUUACCGUACGUUGCUGCUAGAUGCCGCCGGGCAGAUACAGACACUGGCCCAAUCCCAGUCCAGCACCUAUGCACAGACUGUGCUGCAUUUACAAAUGGGAGCCGCUUGGCCGCGGCAGUUGCGCCUGCUUCACUGUGCUGGUGGAUAUACACUCCAGAAUUGCCGUCAAUUUCAACGGCAAUAUCACUACUUUCUCAGUCACCUGGAAUCGCAGCUGCAGCUGCUGCUCAAGCAACGCCAGGCGGUGCAAACAUUAAUGAUUUGGGAGUUGCCUGCACUGGCGCCACUGCUGCUCAACUGGGAACGAAUUGUGUGCCUAGUGGCGGCCACAUUGCAUUCUCUCGAAGGCUUCUAUCGUGCGGACUAUGUGCAGCCGGCGGAUAUAUUGUUUAUAUGCUACUAUCGUGAGUAUAUCGAGCUGUUUGAGAACUACACGAGAGCCUAUUGCGAUGUUCUCUCCGUGAAUGGCUUUGGCGAGGCGGUUGUCGCCAUCUGCCUGCCGCCAUUAAGCAAUCACAAUCCGCUGGCGGAGCUGGGCGAGGAGAGCUACUUAACACGCCUGUUCCAGCAGCCGUUUGGCAUCUAUCAGCUGUUCAUGCAGUUUAUGGAGAUGCUGGUGAAGACCCAACCCGAAUACGAUGAGCAUCGUGUCGCCUGGUCAGAGUUUGCGCGCAUGAGCUGCAUUAGCCAGGAACUGGCCGUCAAUACCAAGGAGUUCUGGAGCAGCAAGGAAUGUACGCCGCGCAUUGCCCACCUCAGGCAACGUCAAAGACGUGUCAUACUCACAUCCAACCUGGUGCCGCUGAAACUGGCCACUACUGGCAUCAGCAUAUCCAGCCCCAGCUUUAUACUCUUCUCUGACUUUCUGUGCCAGCUAGGCAGCCAUGGGCUGCACACGUUUCCACUGAACGCGUUGUGGGUGUCGUCGGAGGGCGAACUAGGACUGCGCAUCGUCACGCCAGAAAAGAGUUUUAAUUUGAUAACCAGGAAGACUGAGUCACGCAAGGUUUGGCUUGAUCAACUACAGUCGAGUAUUGUGACAGCCUUGGGGCGCCCUUUGGGCAGUCCAGUGCCCAGUGUACGUUCCACCGCCUACGAAUAUAGUCGUGAGCAUCCAAAAUUUGCCAGGGUUAAGGCCUGUGGCACCUGGCGCAAAGGCCUGCUGCAUGGCAACUGCUAUUUGGAGUAUCCCGAUGGCAGUGUCUAUUGCGGCGAGAUGCACCACGGCGUCAUCGAAGGCUACGGCAAAAUGGUGAUUCCCUCAUCGGGUGUUUACGUAGGUAACUUCAAGGGCGGCCGAUUUCAUGGCUACGGCGUUUACGAGCUUAAUGGCAGCGAUGCCCACGACGGCGAGAUUUAUGAGGGCAACUUUUACGAGGGACUCUUUCACGGCCACGGCAUGAUGCGCAAUAAUCGCUACAUCUAUGUUGGCGAGUACGUGGCGAACACGCGCAAUGGCUACGGCGUUUUGGAGGAUCUUGUCAGCGGUGACAAAUAUAUGGGCAUGUUUGCGGACAACAAACGCUGUGGAUCCGGCAGCUGCAUCACAAAUCGUGGUGACUACUUUGAGGGCAAUUUUGCGGCCGACGAUCUCUGUGGCACCGGUGUCGCUGUCUUCGAAAAUGAUUACUACUACGAGGGUGAGCUAACGCUCCAGGGACCAAAUGGCCGGGGCGAAUACUAUAUGCCCAGCGGCGAUGCUGGCAAUGCGUUGGGCGCUAGUGAGGAAGACGAUGACAAUUAUGAGCUAAUUGGCAACAAAAUGUUUGGCCAUCUCAGUGGUAGCUGGGAGACGGUGCGCAUACAAACUGGAGAGUUGGCGCUUAAUCGACGCUUUCCAAAGUUUCCCAGCACACUUGGACGCAUGGUGGUGGACCACAAUCGCAAAUGGCGCGCAUUGUUUAACAACUUUGAGGCGGAUUUAGCCAAUUGCAGUGCCACGGCCAGCAGCAGCAGCGCCUUGGCUAGCGUUUUGGGUGGUACGCUCAAGAAACCUACAAAAACUACGCUGAGCACGGCACAAAUGUGGAGCUGCAUAGCCAUUUAUAUGAACAAGCAGCGUUCUCGAGAUGCCUCAAAGCCGGGCAACUAUUUCAAUAACAUUCUACUCAGUCUCCCGUUGCCACCAAAGCCAGCUACGCAGCCUUUAUUGAGCAGUACCCCGACAUCUCAGGCUUCGCUGGUAUCUGCUAAGCAGGCGUCCACACUGGACUUGAACAGCUCGACGCCGCGUCGCAUUCACUCGCAAGAGACGUUAUGCAGAAAACUAGACAGUCUACAGCGUUCGGAUAGCUUGCUUUCCAUUGGACAUAACUCCACAAUAGAUACAAGAAGUUUGGUUAGCUUUGGUAUUAACGAGAGUCUACUGGAUCGCAGCUUUAAUGGAGAGUCAGUGCCGACCAAUCUGAGCAACAGCUUUGGCAGCGUGGCACACAAUAACAAUAACAACAUAUCCAAGCAUAGGAACAAUAGUAACAGCUCAAUUACAUCGACAACCUCCACGAACAGCACAAUGCUGGAGCAGGUACCAAGCUUUGGCAUGGCGUCCACCCUAAACGAACACGAUGUGAGCUGCAUCCGGCUGUACCUAGAGCAGGCCUUCAAGGAUCGUUAUCAUCCGCUGUAUGCGCUAAAUGAGCGCAUUGCCAAUUGUUUCCAUUACUCGUACGGAUAUUGGAAGGUGAAGCCCACGUCCAUUUUGGCCAAACAGGCGAUGCGAGAAUGGGAAUCUAUAUCCAGGCGUAUGUAUCGUUUUGUGCGUAAAAUGUUUCCCGCCUUGCCCGAGGAUUACUGCCAUCUCGAGAGCACCAGGGAGGUGAUCUCGCAUAUAACGCUUCUCUACCCAUUGGUGCUAUCCGAGGGCAUUUACUCAACUCUAUUUGUGCUCUAUGCCAACAAAUACAAUCGCAAGGAUGAAAUCUACAGACAGAACUUAAACCAUGCCGAGAAGUUAAACGAUGAGGAACUGGUCCAGCUGCUUGGCCAUGACAGUUGCCUCAACGCUGUGAUGCUAGACACGCAAUUCGAGGCGGCCGUACAGACCCUGAAGCAGCUGCAGGAGAAAUUUAGUCCCCAGGAUAUGUUGACUGUGAUACAGCGCAGCAUGGAGUUGCUAUCGGAGGCAUAUGGGCAUGCCAUGGCAACAAAUGCCGCACAGCUCAAUGCGGACAACAUGAUACCGCUCUCCAUGCUGGGCAUGCUGCGUGCCGCUGUGCCGCAUUUGGGCGCUGAGCUAGCGUUGCUCGAUGAUCUGACGGGUGGGCCCAAUUUUCAGGCCGAAAUGAAUGGAAUGGCUGGCUAUUGCUAUACGACCCUGAAGGCUGCCUACGAGCAUAUAACAAUUCGUACCCUUCAGCGGCUGCCCUGAACUCAAGCUCAUACUAACCUUGUUACAAUUGUUAUGGCUUUUUAUGCAAUGAUCAACGAUCAAUUUAAAUGCUAAUUUAUGCUUAUUGCCACGUGCACACCAAAGUAAGAAAAUAUUCGCGUAAACGUUAUAUACCCUGUAUAUAUAUAGAGAAAAAGAAGUGCAACUGUCCUCAUAGGCAUAGAAUUAGGCUUGUUAUUUAAAUGUACAGUCGUCGAGGGAUUUUUGCAGUGAUCGUAUUAUAUCGAUCUGUUAAUAAUGUAUGUACAUGUAAAUUUCUAUAAUACUACAUAUUAGAUAACAAUUUAAGAUUAACACAUUCCGAAUCAAUACAUGAUUUCUCGUAACAAGUAA